CAUGCAUAUAAUUACGCCUGUGUAUGUAUGUGGAGUUUUUUCCAACUCUACAGCAUACCAGAAGAAGCCCAACACGUCGUUGCAAGGGAGUAAGAUGGGAGACACUGCAGAGCUGAGCUGGUAUUCCUUGGUGUUGUAUAUCAUCGGUUCCAUUACGGUUGUUUAUUACCUGCUGAGGUGGUCAUGGCAGUGCUGGCAUGGAUUCAAAGUGUUCGUGCUCUCUCAGAUCUGGCAAACGGACCUGAGGAAAUAUGGCCAAUGGGCUGUUGUAACUGGAGCAACAUCAGGGAUUGGUCGUGCAUAUGCUGAAGAGCUUGCCAAACGAGGAUUAGACAUUGUUCUGAUCAGUCGUUCGGAGGACAAGCUUCGCAGUGUCGCCAAGGAAAUAGAAUCUCGGUACAAGCGGCAGACACAUGUGAUUCAGACAGACUUCACAGAGGGCCAUUCCAUCUACUCUGCUAUCGCAAAACAGCUAGAGGGCCUAGAGAUCGGAAUUCUGGUGAACAAUGUAGGUAUGAAUUAUAUAGGCGUUCUGGCAAAUUUUCUGGAUGUUCCUGAUCCAGACCAGAGAAUCACACAGGUGAUAAACUGUAACACACUAUCCGUCACUCAGAUGAGCAGGCUCGUUUUGCCAGGCAUGCUUGAAAGGGAGAAAGGCCUCAUUAUAAACAUAUCAUCAGAAGCUGCAUCUCAGCCCCAGCCAAUGCUGUCGGUGUAUUCUGCCACUAAGAUAUUUGUAACAUAUUUCUCUCGCUGUCUGCAUGCAGAAUACAGCUCAAAAGGAAUCACGGUUCAAUGUGUGGUCCCGUUUGUAGUCUCCACUAAUAUGACUCAUAACGUGCCUGUCAAUCCAAUGGUGAAAAGUGCUGCUUCAUUUGCUAGAGAAGCUCUGAACACUGUGGGUUACACAUCAUACACAAGCGGAUGUUUAACUCAUGCACUGCAGCACUUUGCUCUGUCCAUAUUUUUCCCGGGUUGGCUGCGUCUCUCAUCCUUUUGUGUGCAACGCAUGGCAACAUUUGCUCAGAGCAUUGAACCCCACUUAAAGGAGAGGAUGGCAGAGACAAAAAACAAACAGGACUGACACAAAUCCAGUGGAUGUAUAACACAAAAACAGUUUUUACUGCAGUGAUUACAAUAGGGACAUACACACAUUUACAUUUUUUAUGGUAAGUUGGCAGAUCUAUGGUCUACAUAAAAUUAACAUUUUGAUUUGCAUUAGAAUCAGGAGUCCGAACCUAUGGACCCUUUUCACGGUUCAGUUCAAUGACAUUUACAUUUGCAUUUACAGCAGGGUGAACUGAGAAAGGGUACAUCUAACUUUUCCUCCUUUAAAUGCAUAUUAUGUUCAAAUGUUUAAUAAUUAAUGAUUAAAGCUAACAUUUAAUUUUUAAAAGACAGUAAGAUCUUGAAAGGAGUGCAAAUUCCUUUUAUGAUCGAUAUCUGUUUCGUUACAAGGGUUGUAACUGUUUAGUUACCCUUGUUUUAUGUGUUGAAUGAAUCAGCAUUUUUUUUUAGAAAUGCAAUAUGCCAGUUGUGAUGCUUCAAGGUCUAGUUGUGAUGGCAAUAAUUAACCGCAUCAUAUGAAUGAUUGAAUGAUUAGAUACUAUACUUUUUAACUAUAUGGGCCUUUCAUGCAGUUUCAAAUACGGAAUGACAGUAGAUUUUACCUCCCUACACUCUAAGUGUGAAAAUGUGAAAAAUAUCCAUAGGAUAGUACUGAAGAACAUUAACUUCUUUACAAUCACUAGUUUAUACUAUUGGCUAUGACCUUUACAUACAUCAUGUAUUUAUUGCUUUUCAAUAAUGUGACAUGAAAACUCAGUCUAGACUGGAAGGAACAGCAUUAUAACUUGAGCAUACAGAAAGAAAGAAGACUGAAUUAUUUGUUUGAUGACAUAGUCUUCUGUUUACAGACUCUAUAUUGUAUAUAGUGCUGGGGAACUUCCUGUUGAGUUAAAUUGCUAAUAAUGCACCUCAAUGAUUUCUGAUCUCAGAUUUCUGAAUACUUAAGAUUGUAUGGAAGCUGGAUUGUGUAAAGUGAUUUUUGCAUACUGAAAGCAGUUUAAAUUUUUUAUAUAUAUAUAUAUAUAAUAAAUGUACAGAAUGGAAUUACUUUUUAGUAUAUAUUUUGUAUAAGACUCUUAUUACAGGUUUGAUAAAGGCCUGAUGUUCUUGGA